AUGAGGUUAAGAUUUCUGCUGGUUUCGAGCGCUGGUCUUUUCAUUACUGCCCUGGUGUACUUCCAGCUUCUGAGCGAAGAUGAUCGCAGCGCCCUGCUAGCGACUUACGCCCAAUACAAGACCCACGACGAUCAAAGCGAAGGUGAUGCGGCUGUGUUCAUUUCCAAUACGACACGGCCGCCGUCGAACCUCGCCCUCGAUGUUGCAGAGCCAAUUCCAUCACUGCCGGACAACUUGUCCGAUAUCCACAACGAGACUCUAGGCGCUCAGCAAGUCUUCAUGAUUUCAAUGCCCACUCGUCGAGACAAGCAUGAUGCAUUUGCUGUUCAAGCACUGGCUACUAACAUUACAUACACUCCCAUCGACGGCGUCGAGGGAGAUCAGGUGCCGCUGAAGGCCCUACCGCACACCAUGGACAUCAAAAUAGCCGAGGUCGGUUGUUGGAGGGCACACAUGAACAUUUUCGAGGAGAUUCUCGACCGCAAGAUCGCCACGGCCAUAGUUUUUGAAGACGACGCGGACUGGGAUGUCGUACUGAAGCAGCAGUUGGUGCAGUUUGCGCGUGGCAGCCGAUACGUGAGCGGUACUGAAGCGGACGAGACCUUUGUGCCUCAUAGUCCCUACGGUGAGGACUGGGACCUUCUCUGGCUGGGCCAAUGUAGCGCCGCACCGUUACAUGACGACAAGAAGCGGUGGGUCAUUCCAUACGACCCAACAGUGCUUCCGCCACACCAGCGUACCUUUUGGGACGCACCCGAGGGUGGCUUCUGGGACGCAGCAGACGCCGGGGACAAGACCCGUGUCAUCUUCCGGGCCAGGUUCGGCGCCUGCACUGCUGCGUACGCCAUCAGCCUGAAAGGCGCCGAGAAAGCCAUUUACUACCUCAGCAUGACGGCCAACAACGCGCCCAUCGACAUCGGCAUGGGCUUACUCUGCUCAGACCCAACCAAGAAUUUCAAUUGCGUGGCUUCACACCCUACGGUAGUUGGAAUCUCCAAGCCGGCGGGCAGCAGCGACCGCGGUAGCGAUGCGGGCCACGAGCCUGAAGAAGCAUCUGUGGCUUCCGAGGCACACAGCGAAAGGUUGAUGUUCAGCACACGCAUGAACUUGCACAAUCUGCUGACGGGGAACACGACAAUGAAGAGUGCUUUCCCGGACCACUCUCCUGACAGGGACAUCGCGGACCUCCAGCUUCCUGAUGGUUACGGAUAUGAAUUCAGCACGGCGCAAUGGCAGAACUUCACCGCCGAAAAGGUGGCGGCCGAAGAGCGUAAGAAAGCGGCGCAGCUGCAGGAACAGGCCGCCAAAUUGGAGGAGCAGACCAGUAAACUGGAAGCGGAGGCGGCUAAGUUGGCGGUAGAGAAGCAGGAGCUCGAGGCGAAAGAGGCGGAGAGGCAUGCUGUCGAGGAGGCCCAGAGACAUGCAGCUGAGGUGCCACAGAUGCACGCAGCUGACCAGGCGGCGCCUAGUGUGGAUGGCCUUGACGCCUCUCGAGAAGGUGGUGAGACUAGGGGAGCGAGCCACGAUGGAGGCGUGAAACCAGAUCCCAAAGCUCAAGCGCAGCAUGGACCCGGAAUCAGUGGGGUGCAACAUAUUUCGGAUGACACAGCCGCUCCUACAGACGCCAGCGCGCACACAGGCGAUCAUCAACCUCAGCAGCACCACCAGCACCAGCACACCCACCAGCACGAACCCGAGCCCUAA